UCGAUUCGAGCGGGUUGGAUCUCGACCUCGUGCGUGAUCGGGCAAAAUUUCCUCAAUUAUUAAAUUAAAGUUACGAUAUUUUGCAGAAAUAAUUAACUGAUUAAAUAAAUCAUAGUUUGUAUUUAGUAAAAAGAGGGACAAUUCUGAUUGACUGAUUCAGUUAAUUAAACACUUUCUUAAAUAAUUUGCUCAACAAAUAUGAGCAGCUCGAGUGAAAAGGAGGAUUCAUUUCUCCACCAAAAUCAUGUCGGCGGGGGGGAGUCGAGUGGGGGCAGUGUCGAUGGGGACAUGGAAGUUGAACCUGACAUCUCGAUCGAGACGGCGGUCAAACUGGCUGAGUUUUUACAGACUAAAAGGGCCGAAAUUAGUACCAGUCUGUAUGAAAAGUACGGGCCUGUGGAGCAGACUUUGAAUUCAUUUAACCAUUUUAUGAAGUUUACCCUUCCCGACAUUAUUUGUAAAAAUGGAACCUUCCAACAUGAAGAGAUCCUCCAGAACGUCAAGAAAAUUCAUCUCGUCAGCGCUGUUCAAGUUAGUAUGCCAAGUUCUAAUGAAAUAAUACGAGAAACGCAGAGGGGGGAGAGAUAUUUGUUGUAUCCGCAUGAAUGUCGAACCCGUGGAUUGUCAUAUACUCGACCCAUCAAUGUCACUUUUCUCCAUAAAGUCUUCAAAGUGGAUAGCUGUGGAGGUCAGACGAUCGACCGAUGUUCAAGGGAUCCCAUCAACAUGGGAGAAAUCCCCAUCAUGCUCAAGUCCGAGCUGUGCAGCUUGCAUGGAUUUGACAACGAAGAACUCGUCGCUCACAAUGAGGAUCCGGACGAUCCGGGAGGAUAUUUUAUCAUCAACGGGAAGGAAAAGGUCUUAAUUUCCCAAGAACGACUCGCCAGCAACCAAGUCUUUGUCUUCAAACCGAUGCAAGCCGCAUCGUUCGAAUUGCAAGCAGAAAUUCGCUCAUUUGCAUCUCCCACAUCGGAAGAAGUGAACGCUUUGUGGAUAACGAUCCCAAAAAACCCGAAUUCUUCAUCCGUCAACACGAUCAAUCGUACCUCGACAAAAAAACCGGACGAGCAAAACUUCACCACAGAUUUAAUUAAUGACGGCUGUUACAUCAAACCGAUCGGUCUCGGGGUUCCGAAUUAUAUCCAAAAGCACAAACCCCUCCUCGAGAAAAAGUUUCGACAACGCAAACCCGGACUUGUCGUCGAGCACGUGGAACUCUUGGAUUCUCUUCCGCUCAAAGUGCUGUACAAAGCGUUGGGCUAUUUUGACGAUGAAUCAAUUUGGAAAACUUUUGGAUUCACGGACAACGAGGGGAUCGAGUUCCAAGAAGUUUUAACAAGUACAAUGGAUAAUUCUGUAGCUGCAAGUUUAGAGACGCAGGCAGAGGCUAUCAUUUUCAUAGGAAAGUUACAGAAGAGGAAAGAGAGGCUACAAAAUGCUCACUUGCUCUCGACCGACGAACCUCCCCCGCGUCGAAUUGUGACCCACGAAGAGCACCACUUGGCCGGUGAGAUAUUCAUCAACGAGAAGGUUUUACCACACGUUGGCGUCGAAUCAAAUUCGAGAAUUCGCAAAGCACUCCACAUCGGUUACAUGGUAAACCGUCUCAUCAAGACGCAGGCCGGCCGGAUAGAGUGUGACAAUCGGGAUCAUAUCCAGAACAAACGGUACGAUUUAGCGGGACCAUUGAUGUCCAGCUUGUUGAAAAAAGUGCUGCACCAGCGGAUGCAAGGAAUGCUGCUACAGAUUAUUCGGAAAAUUGAGACCGGGCGGAAUUAUGACUUUUUCGAGGAAGUCGGUCCAUUUUACACGUUGACGGAAGGAUUUCAUUACGCUUUCAUGACCGGAAAUUGGGGCAUUAAACGGAUGCCUUCCAUGCGUGUGGGCGUAGCGCAGGUGCUAUGUCGACUCAACGGGAUUUCGACGCUCAGUUACUUACGUCGGGUCAACUCACCAUUCAACCGACUUGGCAGGAUGACUGAUCCUAGGAUGGUGCACAACACGGCUUUUGGCUACAUUUGUCCCGUCGAUACCCCUGAAGGUGAACCUGUCGGAUUUCUUAAGCAGUUAUCCAUCAUGGCGCAUGUCUCCGUGGAUGCGGAGAUUUCUCCCAUUCGACGAUGCUUGAGGGAGAUGAAUGUCAAUCAGCUUGAUGAAGAAAAUGAUCACUUAUUAGCGACGGAGACGAAAAUCUUCAUCAACGCCUCCCUCGUAAACACCUGUCCCCCUGGCGCCGCGUCAGACUUGCUCGUCGAGAAACUCAAAGCCCUCAGAAGAGCUUGGGAUCCUGACCGGUACCAGGAGUACUUAUCAGAAUUCCACAGGAUGCGCUCAGAACGCGAACGGGAAAACAAAAAGAAGGGUUUAGAACGAUCCCUUGGCGUGGCUGAAGUGGAAAAAGAAGUCCGAAAGAAAUUGAACUUUUCAUCCAUGAUGAGCAAUCAAAUUUCAAUCGUUCGAGAUUUCUCGCGACGUGAAAUUCGAAUCAGGACGGAUGCAGGGAGAUUAUUGCGCCCAUUGUACGUCGUUAAAGGGAACCUGCUCAAGUUGCAUGGACACGUCGGAAUACUGAACGGAAAUAAUUCCGUUGUCAAAUUCGACUGGCCUAAACUUCUCAAAGCUGGAGCAGUUGAAUUUCUUGACGCCGCCGAAGAAGAAAAUGCAGUUAUUGCGAUGCAUCCCAGAAAUCUGAUACCCUCCAAGGAUCCAGACUCCCAGACGUCUCAAAAUACUCUAAAGUUAUCGUACACUCACUGCGAAAUUGAUCCGAGUGGUACACUCGGCGUUUGUGGGGCUAUUAUUCCAUUCGCCAAUCAUAGUCAUAGCUGUCGACUAACAUUUCAAACAAACAUUGCAAAACAAUCUCUUGGCGUCUACGCGCUCAACUAUCAGUCCAGAUAUGACGUGGACUGUCACGUCCUUUACGGAGGACAACGGCCUCUCGUCACCUGCAGAGCAGCCGCAGCCUUUGCCGGAUUUGAUGCCAAUCCUUCGGGUCAAAAUGCUAUCGUGGCGAUUGGUUCGUACACCGGGUACAAUCAGGAGGACAGCCUGAUUAUGAAUGAGAGUGCCAUUCAGAGAGGACUCUUUCGCUCGAUGAACUACAAAACUAAGGACGACACGGCAAAAACAAAUCGAGGAUUUGGCGACGAGAAUGAAACGUUUGAAAAGCCUGACCAUAAAGAAACCGGAACUUUUCGAGGGGAACGAACUAAAAUUUUGGAUGAGGAUGGCUUACCAUAUGUCGGAGAGGAAGUCAGAGACGGAGACUUGAUCUUUGGAAAAGUACAAAACAUACCCAAUCGUGAAAAACAAGAAGGCAAAGAAGGCUGCAGCAAAAGGGAUGUUUCUCAACCCAUUCGGAUCCCUUGUCACUCAGUUUCUUACCAUGCUGGCAAAGGCGAACCCACUAAGAAAGACCCCAUCAACCCGUCACGAACCAUGGUCGACAAUGUUGUCGUGUUUGACAACGAGAGUGGAUACCGAUCAUGUAAAGUUCGCCUCAAAACGGUUCGAUGUCCUCAAAUUGGGGAUAAAUUUGCGUCAAGACAUGGUCAAAAAGGAGUGAUUGGUAUCACGUUACCCGAAGUUGACAUGCCUUUCACCAAGGAUGGAAUUGUGCCCGACAUAAUAAUCAAUCCGCAUGCAAUUCCUUCUCGAAUGACGAUUGGUCAUUUACUGGAAAUGUUGGAUGGAAAAGUUUCUGCAUUGGCAGGCAAAAUAUCGGAUCGACCUCCGUUCAGUGCUUACGAUGAAUUUGAGAACGGAUUUGGAUUGGAUUUGACCGCACAGCUUGAAACGGAGCUGAGGAAACGAGGAUUCCAAGGGUCAGGAUAUGAAGUCUUGUACUGUGGACAUACAGGAAAGAAGAUUAACGUGCAAUUUUUUAUUGGUCCGUGUUACUACCAGCGUCUUAAACACAUGACCAUUGAUAAAUUACGGUUCAGAGCUAGAGGCCCCAUUUCGGCGUUAGUGAGACAGCCAAACCCUGGAAUUUCUCGAGAAGGUGGCUUACGUUUCGGGGAAAUGGAACGCGACUCAGCCAUAGCUCACGGUGGAAUGCAAUUUCUUCGGGAACGACUUUUCCUCGUAUCCGAUUACUACACGACGCCAAUCUGUCACACUUGUGGUCAAGUCUUGACGCGUGAAAUAGUUCAUACCGUAGAUCAGGUCAAGUUGCGGGAGGAAGGAGCAAAAACAUAUCAAUCUACUUUUAAGUGUAUGACUUGCAAAUCUCAGAAGGACAGGGGCAGCCUUGUCGAAAUGCCGUACGCUACAAAGUUAUUGUUCCAAGAACUAAUGUGCAUGAGCGUAAGGGUUGUGAUUCUUCCGAUCGAGUUGGAAAUGAAUGACAUUGUACAAGGAACCAUAUCCUUUGGUCAUCAACCGCGCGAAAACAUGGUGAACAUGAUUUCCGCCGAUAUGACUCAACUUUGGAAUGACGUGCAACCCACCGGAAAUCCCGUCGAUAAUGAUGACCGUGCCUCCAGUCCUGCUGUCGUCCCUGGUGGCCGUGACCCCAAUCCUGCUGUCGUCGCAGUUAAUGACUCUGACCAAGAGCUGAGUAUUCCACCUCUAGAAGAAGAUAUCACCGAAGAUUUUCCUGGGUUGUAGUUUAGUACGUCGUAGUUUAGCAAAUGUUGUUAUUUAAAGCUUUCUCUGUGACCUUUGUUUUUUUUCAGUAUUGACAUAAACAAAAUUCCUGUAUUGGGAUUUCUUUCUUAUUACAAUUA